AGUAGUAGUAGUAGUGUAUGUAUAAACACAACAGAGUAAACGAAAGCCACACCGAAUCGCUUCUCUCUCUAGUCUUUCUUGCCUUUCUCUCUCCUUCCUUCCCCGCCAGGUCCGCCACUUCCCGCGGCGGCGAACACCUCCAUCCACGCCUUUGACUAGACAAUGCCAGCACAAAAGCGUUCACAGGAGACUCCUCCUCCGCCUCCACCUCCGACUCUGCCUCCUCCUGCGUCUCCACCUCCUGCACUGCAGCAGCAGCCGCCUGAGGAUAGAGACGAUGAUUCGCUCCAACGUAACCAGAACGACAACGGCGAACAAGCCGAUGACGCUGACGAUUCCGAUGGAAGUGCAUCGUCGAGUGACGGGGAAAAGGACGAGGUUAUGUGCUUGGAAAGGUGCUGGCUGCAUAGUUGUUUACAAACUUCCACUGAUUUGCUUUUAAGGAAUUCUGAAAAUUACCUCUCUGCACUUAUGCUUUACCACUUCUGCAGAUUUAUCAUCAUGAAAUUGUCAGAGAUACGGAAGGAAGUCCAGUGUCCGAUAUGCUUGGGCAUCAUUCGGAAGACAAGAACAGUUAUGGAAUGCCUUCAUCGCUUUUGCAGAGAAUGCAUUGACAAGUCAAUGCGACUUGGGAACAACGAGUGCCCAGCUUGUCGCACGCAUUGCGCUAGUCGACGUUCUUUGAGGGAUGAUCCAAAAUAUGAUGCUCUCAUUGCUGCUUUAUAUCCAGAUAUAGAUAAAUAUGAGGAGGAGCAGGAAUUGGCUUUCCAUGAAGAGGAGAAAGCUCGUAAUAAGCAAAUACAAGCUUCAAUUGCCCAGACUUUUCGCCGACAGACAGAAGCACUGGGAAGAAAAAGAUCAGCUAGGGCUGCAGCAAGGAGAUCUCAUGGCAGUUACCGAAAUGUGAGGGGAAGGAGAAAUCUUCGAACUUCUGAACAUCAGGGAUCUGACGAAGAUGAUGAUGCUAAUGGAAUUUAUGGUGGAAAAGAUUCAUCUUCUGCUGAUGAGCGCAGUCCAGAAGUGAAACCAAAAAGGCAAAAAAGAUGGGGAGGUGCUCGUUUUUCACAGUCUUCUGCGGCAGCCAAUUCUGAUGCAGGGUACGAUGAGAAUGAUUCAGAAGUAAACAGAGAGCUGCUUGGUGCUUCUGCUGGACUGAUUGGCGGCACAGAAAUUCUUGCAUGGGGAAAAGGUGGCAUGCGCAGUCAUACCCGACAUGGUGGUUUUAGUGGUGGCAAUGGCAAGUUUGCUAGAAACAGCCGACUUUCAAAGCUGAUGGACUCUUUACGUUGUUCAGAUGUAAAGAAUGAGGAGUUGGAUGUCAGUCUUGAGCUUGUUGCCAUGGAUAAAGAAGAAAUACCCAAUUUGCAGAGGCCUUAUCUUAGUUGUAAGCCUACUUUGUCAGUGAGACACUUGUGCCAAUAUGUUGCUCUCCAAACUUCUAUGCAAGCUGAGGAAAUUGAAAUUUGGUGGAAAAGGGAACUUAAAAAGGGGUUUCCCCCAAAACACAACAAUGAAGCCCCUAGUGCAUCUGCUUUUCUUGAUCAGUCUGAAAAUACGGAAAGGUUGGAUGAGCAUCAGACCCUGGGUGACAUUCGAACUAUUUACAGUUCCAGUCAGUGCAAUUUGGUUUUGGCAUAUGGGCGGAAGUAGAAGGGUUUAGGAAAGAUGUAUACAGAUAUAGUGCUUAAGGGAACUCUAAUUUAGUUCAGAAACUGGGAAGCUCUUGUAUGUAUGGCCCUUUUGAGUGGAUUGUUCACAGUAGUCGAAGAAUGCAUAGAUAAAGUUUCAACAACAAUUAUACAUAAUCUUGUUUAUGAUUUUGUACUUGUCUGAGUUAUUGGAGAUGCUUGUUAUUCUUUUUGACAUAGUCCCCAUCUGACCCUAUUUAAAUAUUUGUC